AUGGAAUGGUGGCUGUUCAAAAUAUCAAAACAAACAUCGUAUACUUUUCCUUUUGCAGUGAUCCAGUUUGGAUUUGUAACGCUUUUUGUAUCAGCAUUUCCACUUGCACCACUUCUUGCCCUUAUCAACAACAUUUUGGAAGUUCGUCUGGAUGCGUACAAAUUUGUGGUCGCUAAUCGACGACCAUAUCCGCAGCGUGCUCGCGAUCUCGGCAUUUGGCUAUCCAUCAUUGACAAAUUAAGCAAAGCGGCUGUACUUACAAAUCAUGUUGUUUUGGCUUUGAAAGGUAUCAUAUCUUAUCUGAUACCUGACAUGCCAUCACGUGUGUUUAUCCAGCUUCAGCGUCAACGUGCAUCUUCUAUGGGAUUGGGAUCUGUUGAUGCUGGUAGAUCUAUUUGA